AUGUCCAAUCCACCUUUCCAAAGACAACCUCCCGGAUCUCCUUUACACCAACACAGUUCAUUAGCCACUGGUUCUAAUGCCUCCUCUGUGUCGGGAGGGUCGACUGGUUCUUCAUCCUCAUCGUCCAAUCAAAAUUCAUCUCAUCUUCAUGCCACUGGACCUCAUCAUGGUCAUUAUCAAAAUCAAAACACUUCAAGAAAACCAUCGAUUGUGGAGUUAUUAAGUUCUCCACCUCCCCUUCCCAAUAAUCCCAUUGAUCAGGAAGAAAUCCAUCAGUUGUCUUUAUCUAGACAUACUUCCAUUAGUUCUCGUACUUCUUCGUCGUAUCAUAAUUCUAGUGGAAACAAUAAUAGUUCAACUGGUAAUCAUCAUGGUUCUAUUGUUGGAUUAGAUUGGACAGACAUUCCGUUGAGUGAAUUGACUGAAUCCAAUAAGUUAAUUUCUAUCAAUUCAUCAUAUUCUGUUCAAAAGGCAUUUGAAACAUUAGUUGACCAUUCAUUAACUUCUUUACCAGUUUCAUUAAAUUCUAAGAAUUAUGAUGAUUUAUCAAAUUGUUUAACAUUUGAUUAUAGUGAUUUGAAUACUUAUUUAUUAUUGGUAAUGAAUAAAAUUAAUAUUAAUGAUUUAUCAAUUAAUGAAAUUGGUUCAGAACUGGAUUCAACUUUAAAAAGACAAGAAAUCGCCACCAAUACCAUUAAUAAAGCCAAGAGAGGUGAAGAAGUUCCUGUAGAAUUUAUUAUUAAAUUACAUCCUAAGAAUCCAUUUAUUAAAUUUUCAGAAUCAGACACUUUAUUUAAUGUUAUGGAAACUUUAGGUAAUGGAGUUCAUAGAAUUGCAAUAACUGAUCCAGAAACUCCUUCUAAAAUUACCGGGAUUUUAUCUCAAAGAAGAUUAAUUAAGUAUAUGUGGGAGAAUGCUCGUAGAUUCCCAUCAUUGGACUUUUAUUUAAAUUCAACUUUACAAGAUUUAAAGAUUGGUUCAAAUACUCCAAUAACUAUUUAUGAAGAUCAAUUAUUAAUUGAUGCUUUACAUAAAAUGUUUGUUGAAAGAGUUAGUUCAUUAGCAGUCAUUGAUAAAUCUCGAUCGUUAAUUGGAAACAUAUCAAUUGUAGAUGUUAAAAAUGUUACAAGUUCUAAGAAUUCACAUUUAUUAUUUAAAUCAGUAUUAAAUUUUAUUAGUUAUAAUUUAAGUCAAAAGGGAAUUGAAGAAGGUCAAGAUCAAUUUCCAAUAUUUCAUGUUAAUAAUCAAAGUUCUUUAGGUAGAGUUAUUGCUAAAUUAGUGGCUACUCAAAGUCAUAGAUUAUGGAUUGUAGAAUCUACCAAUAGACAUUCAAGUAUUAUACCAUCUUCAAGUUCUCCUACUACAGUUGAAGCUACUUUAUCUCCUCAAUCUCCAACCAUUAGUGUAACUCCAUCAUCUGCAUCUUCAACUUCAACCACUCCAACUUCUCAUCAUUAUCAACAUCUGCUGCAUGUAACUAAUAAUUCAGGAUCUCCAAAUUCUUCAAGUAAUCCUUCGGGAGGUUCUUCAACUGGUGGAGAUAUUAGUUAUGGAUUACCUGGUAAAUUAAUUGGUGUCGUCUCAUUAACUGAUAUUCUUGGCUUAUUUGCAUCAUCAAAGGGUCGUAAAGUUGAUCCACAAAUGGCAAGAAAUCAACGUAGAAGAUCUUCUACGUCUACUACCAGAUCCAGUAUUGAUAGUGCUAUAAGUCUUGAUCCAACGCGAGGUGCCCCAGCUGAUAGUAGAUCUACAUUAUUAAAUGCUUCAUCAGUUGCUUCAACUUUAUCUCCGGGGACUUCUACGAAUUCUGACAAGCAAUGA